AUGGUCUACAAGACUUCACUCAUGGGCCUAUCCCUCGCUGCUGUUGCAGCAGCUGACAGUGCGGGCCCAGCAAUUCUUUAUGCUGCCUCCUACUCCGGCGACAUUACAUCACUGUCCUUGGAAAACAGCAACGGUGGCUACAUGCUCCACAAGAACUCCGUCGCAACCGGGUGUGGUGCCAAUCCUGUGUGGCUUGAGCAAGACAAGGAACGAAACCUCCUGUACUGCUCCGAUGAAGCCGGCACUAUUGGUGUCUUUGGGGUCGAUUCUGAGACACCUGGCUCCUUAGAGCCCAUAAUGCAGAUGAAUUCAUCUUAUGCCCCAGUGGCCAGCACCCUGUUCAACGUGGACGGGAACCAUGGCAUCGCCUUCGCGCAUUAUGGCUCACCUGACGGCGGCCCACCCGGUGCCGCAGGUAUCACCACUUAUGCUGCAGGUGCUGAUGGCGGCCUCCAGCUCACUUUUAACUUGACCACGGUCUCUGCUAGAACCGGUCCGAACCUGGAGCGCCAAAGCGCAUCACACAUACAUCAGGUUGUUAUCGACCCGACAGGGAAGUUUAUGGUAGCUCCAGAUCUCGGCGAAGACUGUGUACAUGUAUACCGUGUCCAGAAUUCACCUCAGAUUUCUUCGCUAACGGACAUACAACUCCCGCCCGGAUCUGGGCCCCGUCACGGCGUGUUCCAAAAGGUUGGCAAGAGCACGUUCUUCCACGUGGUCAGCGAGCUGGCCAAUACCGUUACAUCCUUUAAAGUCUCGUACGUUGGAAACAACAACUUCAGCAUGACCCAGGUCGGUCAAGUUGGCACCUUUGGUGACAAGCCCAUCCCCGCUGGUGCCCUCGCAGGCGAGAUAAUUAUAUCGCCGGACGGCUUCAUCACCGUGUCCAACCGUCUGGACAAUUCCUUCACGAUUCCCGGUUUGGACCCGAACAACCCAACCCAGGAGGAGCAGUCUGACUCGCUUGCUGUCUUCAAAUCCGACAAGCAGGGUAAGCUUUCCUUUGUCAACCUCUACCCGGUAGGCUGCCAGAGCCCCCGUCACAUCCAAGCCAACAACGAUGGCUCUUUGCUUGCUGCUGCGUGCAUGGCCAACAACCGGGUUGUAGUUUUGGAGCGGAACAAGGCUAACGGGGAAAUUGGCAACUUCGUUGCUAAUUACAGCCUGACGGCGGCAACCUUUGUGGGUUGGCGUGAUGGAUAA